AUGGCAGCCAACCCCGUCAACGAGAGCGGACAUUUCGUCCAUGGAAACACCACCCCGCCCGCUCAUCCCAGCCUGAUGAGCAUGUUCUCGCUCAAGGGGAAGACCGCCAUUGUCACUGGUGCCGGUGCGGGAAUCGGUCUGGCUGUCGCUCACGGUCUGGCAGAGGCUGGAGCCAACGUCGCCAUGUGGUAUAACUCCAACCCCAAGUGUACCGAGCGGGCGGCCGAGAUCGCUUCCAAGUAUGGCGUUCAGACCAAGGCAUACAAGGUCAAUGUCACCAGCGCCGAAGCCGUCCAACAAGCCGUCGACCAGGCGGUCAAGGACUUCAACGGCCGACUGGACGUCUUCAUCGCCAACGCCGGCAUCCCCUGGACCGAGGGCCCUAUGGUGGACGGCCCGCUCGCCCACUACUCCAGCGUCGUCGACAUCGACCUCAACGGCACCUUCUACUGCGCCAAGGCCGCCGCCGCCCACUGGCGCCGCCAGAAGGAGCAGGGCACCGAUCUGUCCGGCAAGCCCCUCGACAACUUUACGUAUGGGAGCUUUGUGGCGACCGCUUCGAUGAGCGGUCACAUUGUCAACUUUCCCCAGAUGCAGGCCGCCUACAACGCCGCCAAGUCUGGGGUCAUCCAUCUCUGCAAAUCCCUCGCCGUCGAGUGGGUGCGGUUCGCGCGCGCCAACACCAUCUCCCCCGGCUACAUCGCCACGGAAAUCUCCAACUUCGUGCCCGAGGCGACCAAGAACAUCUGGCGCGAUAAGAUCCCCAUGGGUCGCGAGGGCCUCGCCGAGGAGCUCAAGGGCGCGUACCUGUAUCUGGCGUCGGAUGCGUCCAGCUACACGACGGGCGCGGAUCUCGUGGUGGACGGUGGAUACUGUGCGCCUUAG